UCUGACCAUUACAACAAGAAGAUGCCGCUGGGUGACGACUGCCUUUCCUGGAAGAGAAAGACAUCGGAUGUGAAAGAACAAUAUGACUUCAAAGAUAUCCUCGGAACGGGAGCCUUCUCUGAGGUGGUCCUGGCUGAAGAGAAGAGGACCCAAAGGUUGGUGGCCAUCAAGUGCAUCCCCAAGAAGGCGUUAGAGGGCAAGGAAAACAGCAUUGAGAAUGAGAUCGCAGUGUUGCACAAGAUUAAACAUGCCAACAUUGUGACUCUGGAAGAAAUAUUUGAGAGUAAAUCACACCUCUACCUUGUCAUGCAAUUGGUGUCUGGUGGGGAAUUGUUUGACCGCAUCAUCGAGAAGGGCUUCUACACAGAGAAAGAUGCCAGUAAGCUCAUUCAGCAGAUUCUGGACGCCGUCAAAUACCUCCAUGACAUGGGAAUCGUGCACCGAGACCUCAAGCCGGAGAAUUUGCUCUACUACAGCAUGGACGAAGACUCCAAAAUCAUGAUCAGCGACUUUGGUCUGUCCAAAAUCGAAGGCUCUGGGAGUGUGAUGUCCACAGCCUGCGGAACUCCUGGAUAUGUUGCCCCUGAGGUUCUGGCCCAGAAGCCCUACAGUAAGGCAGUGGACUGCUGGUCUAUUGGAGUCAUAGCCUACAUUCUAUUGUGCGGUUAUCCUCCAUUCUACGACGAAAACGAUGCCAAACUGUUCGAGCAGAUCCUGAAGGCAGAAUACGAGUUUGAUUCACCGUACUGGGAUGACAUCUCGGAUUCUGCUAAAGACUUUAUAGUCCACCUGAUGGAGAAAGACCCCAAUGUCCGUUACUCUUGCGAUCAGGCCCUGCAGCACCCAUGGAUUGCUGGAGAUACUGCUCUGGAUAAGAACAUCCACGAGUCUGUCAGUGAACAGAUCAAGAAGAAUUUUGCCAAAAGCAAAUGGAAGCAAGCAUUCAAUGCGACGGCGGUGGUCCGUCACAUGAGGCGUCUUCAGCUAGGCACCAACAACGAAGGACCCAACCAAGAGACUCUGACAAGUGAAGAUCAACUGAUGCUUCCGGGAGAGGACCCGCAACUCACGGAAUCUUGCGGCGAGGCGGGCAGCUCCCAGCAGCUAGAAGGAGCAGGCGCCGACCCUCUUUCCAACUGUAGCUACCACUGCCACCCGACGAGCCGGGUGUGA